CUUCAGAACGAUUUACGUUAACCAAAAUCGAAUCCCCUAAAUAUUCGAUUUCGUUUCCCAUAUAACACAUACCGGUUUCACAACAUUUCGGCAAUACAUACACUUUCUUCUUGUCUUCCCUACACCUGAAGACAUGACAUCAGGCAGUUCUGAAGCUGAGAAGCAGGCGGAGUUACGGAGGAAAAUUGAGUAUAAGGUGGCGUGUGAGGAGAGGGCACACAAAAUUGUGGAACGACUCAUUGACAAUCCGAUCUCACAGGAUACCCUUCUAAAUGCUGUACAAUUGAUAACCCCGAGCCAUUAUGAAGACAUCACUGUGGAGCGAGCCAUAGCCAAGCUGUGUGGAUAUCCACUGUGCCAAAACAACCUGGAAAAGAUUCUAAAACAGCGGUACAUCAUAUCAACGAAGACCAACACAGUUUAUGACAUAGAAACUAGGAAGAACUUCUGCAGUAGUCAAUGUUUAAAGGCAUCACACCACCUAGAAAAACAGAUAUCCAGUGACCCUGUCUGGUCCAGGAAAAAUCUCCCGCCAAGAAAGAUACAACUACUGCCCAUUGAUUUGAAGUGUGGCAAGCUAGGAGAUGAAGUUCUGGUGUCUAAACAUGUGUCCGACCUCAAACAUGAGGUGACUAGCCUUGAAAAACAAGACGAGUACUUAAAAAACCUGCAUGAAAUGAUAAAGAAGAGCAAUAAGACAGGAGACGAAGCAGGGAAAGAUGAAACAAAAGCUGAUAGUCAGAGAGGGAGUGUAAACACAGAGAAAGCAAGAGGGAAUAUAAGCACCGAUGAGCCUUGUGUGUACACACUUGAUAAGGCCAUGAGUGAUCUAGGUAUGACUGAUGGUGGUGAAGGAGCUCUCCAUGAAAAAGAUGACACUAUUGCAGAAUCUGAUAAAGACUCACAAGACAACUUCAGAACUGAAGCUAAGGAGGCUGACAGUGAAGAGGAUUUUCAAAGGACGGAUAAACAUUCACAAAAUGAGAGACCUAGUGAAACUUGCACUAAGGUAGAUCAGUCAAGCAAUGUUAAGGUGCCCAAUGUUGAAAAGGAAACAAAACUUGAUAAUAAACAACCUGAACCCAGUGUAUCUAAACCAAAUAAAAAGGACAAAAAAGCUGCCACAAAAGCAAAAACUGACUAUCUAAUGCAGUUGUUAGAUAAAAGAAAAUCCUUAUUGUCAAAAAUGGUUGAUAUACAGGACACUUCAGAGGAUGUUGUAAAACCUGGUGAAGAAAUGAAAGAAAAUGCUGAACUUAGUGAUAAGAAAUUAGAGUAUUUGGGAGACACUGUUGAACCCAAAGUUAUGGAAAGGUCUACUGCAAGCCAGGGUGUUCAUGUACGUGAAAUACAAACUGUGCAUGUAAAGCAUGGUGCUCAAAGCACUGAUAGUAAGAAAAGCAAUGGAGUCUGUCCAAAAAAACAAGUGUCCACUUUAAAACUCAUUUGUGAAACUUUGAGAUCUUGGAUAUCACAAGACACUGUAGAGUUUUUAAAUACUGGUCAGGCAGAAACAGGUUCAGGGGAUAGCAGGAGUGAUAGUGCAUCCAUGGGAAAGAAAUCUGACAUGGAAAGACAGUAUGAUGCGCUAGUGGCCAAAGUUGAUGCUCAGGAAGCAGAAUUUGACAAUCUGUUAGGUGAGGAGAGUUUGGAGGAAGUUGCCCCACCCAGUGGUCCCCUGCCUCACUAUGAGGUAUUAAAGGAGGAGAUAGAGGAGAACCAGUACCGAGUUCAAAAGUUCCUCAAAGGGGCAUUCACUUAUAAAAUACAAGAGAGACAAGUUCUGGAAAAGGAUUCCAAUGAUGGAGUGGCUUUACCAACUUUGGACAGAUAUGACCAGCUCCUUAUACGUCGGAGGAUCGUCCUGGAUCGCAUCAGUAAAGUGCUGCCCUCCCUGCUGUCCCCACUAGAUCUGAUUCAGGAUGUGUACACACACUUCAGAGAACUUGUCUUCACUUUCAGAUUAACCAGUGAAAACAUCAUCUUUAAACCAGCAGAGUGGACCCUUGUUGCUCUUAUUAUGCUGAAGCUACUGUCCAAGAAGAUUCCCAGCCUUGAGCAGGCCUUUAGAAGCCCAAGCUCAGAGAAAUAUUUCAACUUGUUACUGUCAAGCCUCAGAGAGGACAUGACUACUCUUCAAAGCCAUGUGGACUCAGUCAUUCCAACUUUAAAGAGGAGGUGAAUUCCCUUCAAAGUCAUGUGGACUGGGUCAUUCCAACUUUAAAGAGGAGGUGAAUUCCCUUCAUAGUCAUGUGGACUCAGUCAUUCCAACUUUAAAGAGGAGGGGAAUUCCCUUCAUAGUCAUGUGGACUCAGUCAUUCCAACUUUAAAGAGGAGGCGAAUUCCCUUCAUAGUCAUGUGGACUGGGUCAUUCCAACUUUAAAGAGGAGGUGAAUUCCCUUCAUAGUCAUGUGGACUCAGUCAUUCCAACUUUAAAGAGGAGGUGAAUUCCCUUCAUAGUCAUGUGGACUCAGUCAUUCCAACUUUAAAGAGGAGGUGAAUUCCCUUCAUAGUCAUGUGGACAUCUUGCUGUACCCAUCUGCAAAGUCCAUCACCUCUGAGUCCACUGUGUACUUAUUCACUUCCACAGACAGCUGCCCCAUCUCCUCCGAGUUGAACAAGUUUGGCAGUUCUAUUCCAAUGUUCGUCAAUGUACUUGAAGCUUGGCCGUGACUUGCCAUUGCUGGGUCCAGGACAGGUAGACGCCUGAUUAUAGUCUUGUUGUUGAGUGACAAUGUUUUCAGCAUCUUCUGAGCUGCCACCACAUACCCGUGCCGGAGGUCAGAGUACAACUGACUUACCCAGUGUUUGCAUUUCUUGUCCAUGCGUGCCUUGUUUAGCCUUGUCUAAAUUAACCAUCACUAAUUCAGACGUCAUAAAAAAACUAGCAAUGGUGUUGAACAAAGUUUGCAUAUUUUGACUACUUUCUCACUUUUAAAGAAGCAGUUCUAAACUAGCUCUACAAAAAUCAUAAUGAAUGUACACUCCAGUCCGAAAGAUGGGCAUCAACUUGAAAUUUGGUGUCUUGGUGUCUUGUCUUCAAAAUUAGAGGGUAAGAAUGCGCUUGUUUGUAGUUGUAAGUCACUGAAUACUUUUGUUGCGUUGAAAGAAUGGUUGUUUCCUUUGGACACAUUUUGCCGCAUCUUACGAUAUGUAGUUUUGCCUGGAUAGUUAAGAUCCUGAUUUAAAACAAUGAAUUUCUGUCAAUCAAAUCUCAGUAAACGGAUAGUCCUUGA